GACGUACUCAUUUGUGCGACGCACACGAGGAAGAAUAGACGCGAAGAUGGAGAACGUUGCUGUUUUGGUAGAGCUGCUGCUUUUUAUGUGGCGUUUAUUGCGUACUAAUAUGCUUACUAAUAUGCGUAAUAUGCGUACUAAUAUGCAAGAUUUGGAAAGAAGGCUUCAAGCGGCGAGGGAGGACGCCAUCGAGAAGCACAAGAGAGUGCUGGAAGCCAUAGAGUCCUACGAGGAGGAAGAUCACCGGAGGAGUAGGAAACGUGCUCGCAUGAUUGCUGUACUUAAUCGCCGCGAGUUGGUGUCUUUCACCCCCUCGGCCUCCUGCUCUUCUACACCAGCACGUCCGACUUCCCCAACAACAUCACAGGCGGCGGCCGUUUGUCCACCACGUGUAAUGGCUGGUAAAAGAAAAAGGACCUCCCGCACAUCAGAGCUCGUCGAUGCCCUCCGAGAGUGCAGCCGGAAUGACCAGGUCCUGCAAGCCCAGCGGGAGAGCCAUAUAGGGGUGCUUCUCGAUGAGGCCAGGGAGCACCAAGCGGCACUACAACGAGAACUACACCAAGAACUACACCAAGUACAACGAGAACUACACCGAGAACAACAGGAUGUGCAGAUCCAGCAGAACGAACGAUUCAACCUAGGGUUUCUUGCUGCGCUGGACCGGCUUACCACGGCGUUGACUGGGCAACGUAAUGGCAACUAACAUGCCAUUGACCAUUUGUGGAGUCCAGUUUUUUAUUGCACAUUUUUAUACGUUUUAUAAAUACAAUUUUUUAUUUUUCCAGUUUUUUGUUUACAUUUUUUUCAGUUUUUUAUUGAA